AUGAUGGGUGCUAUGCCAGCCGUGGCCGUUCGAUUGGAACGACGAAAAGCAGAACAAAGAAUGAAAAGACCGAGUCAAUUGUAUUUAAGCGGUUAUCCACAUUUUCGACAGCAGACGACAUCACCGAGCAGAGCAAAUUCACCAUCACCGAGUCCUCUUCUUUCCCCCCCGAGAUUAGAAGAGGAUCAAAGGUUACCGGAAGUUUACGUUUCCGCUCUUUAUUUAGCUGUAGUAUCGCUGUUGUUAGGAGCAGUUAUCCUUAUAGUUGGUUUGGUUCAAUUGAAACCGGGUGCAGAUGCUCCAGGGCAUAGAUAUUACCUAAUUGCCGUAGGGUGUUUUUUGGAAGUAUUAGGCCUUAUUAUAACCGCUACUAGAUGUGUCUUGCUUCAUUCGAAAAUUAAAAAAAAAAGACAUAGCGGAAGUAGUACUAAAAAAUACGAUAAAGAUAUAAAAGCCAGUAGUUUUACCCAAGUAGAAGUAAAAGAUACAAACGUAGGUUUAAACGAUAGAAAUACGGAAGGAACGCAGGGGGGAAAUAUGGAUGGAAUAUCGUUGAACGAAGUCAAUCAAAGGCAUUUAAACGUUAAACAACUUUAUUGUUCCUCUGACGUCAUGUUUGUCGACGAAUGUUCCGAUGGAGCAACAACAACCGAUAACAGAUCGAAAAGUCCGGUGGAAUCGUUAAACACGAUCGAUGUUUUAAUGGGAGGAGGUGCGACAUUAGAACCAUUAGGAGGACAAAAAUCAACGACGGAAUCUCCGAGUGUUCAUUCUACGUUAUCACCCAUCGCUGAUAAUAAAGAAAAUCAAACUUAA